AUGGCCUGGCAAUCGCCGUCGGCCAUGAACGCGGGCGGCGCGAAUGGAGGAGGUGAUGGAAAUGCGCCAGCAGGGACCGAGUACACGCUGCAAGCUGUGGCAGGCAAAGGAGAAUCGCUGACAGUUGGAUCAGGUGUUAUGCGCUUCUUGCAACUCGAAUGGCACAAUCACGAGCGCGCUAGGAACGCAUGGGACAUUGAAAGAGCGGAGAUGAAGGCCAAAAUCGCAAAGCAGGAGGGCGAGGUUCGGAGUGCGAAGAAGCUGAAUGACCAGCUCAACAAGCAUAUCCGUAUGCUGGAGCAGGCCUUGAUGAACGAGCGGGCAAAGAGCAAGGCGGGUGCAGCAGGUGAAGACGCCAAAGCAGCAGACGAGAACAAGGACAGCAAGGGCAAGAAGAGUGGCAUGCACGCUACAAAGCGUAAGUUUGAUUCAAAUACCAAUCCAGCGGGGUUGAGGACAAAGCUGACCGUUCAUGCAGUCAAAGACACAAGACACAACUCUUUCCUUGAUGUCGACUCCGAGUUCCUCGACCGCUCCGAAGCCGACCGCGAUGGCCUACGCGAGAAGUCGAAGCUGUACCUCACAAAAUGCGUUGAGGAGAUCACAUAUCUCCUUACACCUCCACCUCAAGCCCCGCCUCAACAGCCCAGUCUGCACGCGCUCAGUAACGGUGCCGGUUUCAUGAACCAUGGUGAUGCCUCAAUUGAGGAUAUAUACAUGCAACAGCACCGCCAGAAGAUACAGUCGCAGCUUCCAACUAUGCCGAAUGUCACCAUGCCCAACCACCAGCCUCCAAGCAUACCCACCUCAGAACUCCAAAGUCUUACAAACCAGAACCAGAUACAUCACGCGCCGGAGAUGACUCGGGAGCCUGCCGGACAACACUUACUUGCUCAGCAAUCUGGUAUACCCGGAGCCUUUGCUCAAAUGCGUCAAAACCAAGUACAAGACCCACUGCACUACUCGUCUGUUCCUGAAGAGCAGGUAGAAAAGGUCACUCAUACAUACGAUAAUCAUGGACGACAAAUUACAAAUCAGGAAGAGAGCCAGCCGGUGCAGGGCGAACCCACGGGUGACGAUCCAGAUCAGUGGACUUUCGACCCAGAACCAGGUUCUGAUGCUCCUCCCAACGGACCUCCCCUUGGAAGACCAGACACUAUACGCUUCCCGGAUGCCGAUAAUCCUCCUGAGAAAUCACCACCGCGCGCGUCGAAAACUCGAAGUAAGAGUGGGGAUUUUGGCGCAAACAGGAGGUUGAGCAGUGAACAGAAAGGCCCACUGUCUCAAACUCAGUUGAGUAAGUCAGAUCAGCAGAGCUUUAAAGUCAAAUUUGCUCUCCGUGGCCACCUUGACGUUGUUCGCUCGGUCGUUUUCACUGGUGGUGGGAGUCCAUCAGAGCCAGAGAUUUGCACAGCUGGAGAUGAUGGCAUGAUUAAGAGGUGGAUGAUACCUGCGAGCUAUGCAAACCAACACAGCAUGAACAAUGAUCUUGACAUUGCGCCAGUCUGGUCUCACAGAGGACACGAGGGCGCUGUAACAUCCCUAGCUGCCUGCCCCGCCUCUGCACAUUUCGCAACCGGGGGCCGUGUAUCAGGCGAUGGCUGGAUAUUCUCUGGAGGCCAAGAUGCAACAAUUCGUGUUUGGGAAAGAGGCAGAGUCGAUCCAAAGGCCACCCUUGAUGGCCAUACAGAUGCUGUGUGGACUACUUCUUUCCACUACAUGUUGGUUCACACCAUAGAGCGAGCCACUCACCCUUCACCAACUUGCAUUACUCCGCUUGCGCUGAACGGGGAGAACUUUGUUGUCUCAUUCUCCGAUGCAUCAAUACUUGUAUACGACACACGGACAGGCGAGGAGCUCAUCGGCAUGGCCAGCAACGAGACAUACGAUGGAACAGCAGCAACUGGCAUAACUUCAGUCGUUGCAACUUCUCAAAGCAUCGAAGGGCCAACCGAAGCUGGACGUGGUGGUACAGACGACGAGGGCAUACAUGGGCCGACUGGCUCGAGUAGCGGUGGCGGGUUGGAGGGUGUCGUGAUCAGUGGGCAUGAAGACCAGUACAUCCGGUUUUACGAUGCCAAUUCUGGUCAAUGCACUUACCAAAUGCUCGCCCAUCCGUCCGCCAUCUCAUCGCUCUCCCUCAGCAAGGAUGGCCGCGAAGCCGUUUCUGCCGGCCACGACGCCUCCAUCCGGUUCUGGUCCCUUGACAAGCGCAUCUGCACGCAAGAAAUUACCGCGCACCGGAUCAUGCGUGGCGAAGGCGUCUGCAGCGUUGUCUGGAGUCAAGACGGGCGCCUCGUUGUUUCAGCCGGCGGCGAUGGCAUAGUCAAGGUCUUCGCGAGAUAG